AUAGUCUGGACAUGAAAAUGGGACCUUUUUAACAUACAUACUAUCAAGAAUGUCUUGAAAUGUUGGUCUUUGUCCUCGCUUUGUUGUAGUUGUAUAUGUUAUUAACAACCGCAAGUCUGAAAUUCAGCCGGCGCUCGUAGUUAAAAACAAUUAUUCAUGUAAUGUGAAUUUUAAUGACUACAUUUUCAUUUACCGCAAUGAUUGAAUCGUGUUGUGUUUGUGGGAUAAUCGCGCAUGAACGUGAUCGCGUGAGAUAAUAAGCUAUACCUAGGUUUAAAAAUCGAUUGAAGUCAAACGACGGUUUCUUUGUUGACUAUGAGUUAGCUUUACAAGCAGGCUCAAUCGCUUAACAACGUGACACUAACAGCUUCAUUUAUACCUAUCCAUCAUAAAAGCAUUGAAUAUAAACAGUUUAUUUUGUACUUAAAGUCAAUUAAGAUGGCUACCAAAGAUAUGUACCAUAAUUUAAGGUUACUUAUAUUUUCCGAUGACUCACUCACGAUAGCAGGUUGCAUUGACAGCGUUUAUUCGUUACCUACUCGUAGCGAUCGCUAUCAUAACAUCAAAUGUAUUGUAUCAGUUGUUAUUAUGAAACACAGACAACGAGAUCUAAACCAUACAAAAAAGAACUUGCCUUAUGAAUGCCUCCAUGACGAUUUUUUACAGAUCAUGGCAAAAAUAUUUCGGUUCUCACGAUGGUUUGGUGUAGCUGGCUCUGGAAAUGUUUUGUGGAAAACUUUUGGCCUUUGCAUUUUGCUUUUGCUCGGAGUCAUAGAAGGCGUUGCUAUUUGGCGUGUCGUUAAAGCACUUGCUGGAUUAGCUAUUGAUAUUGAAGGUCAUAGGAGUGUCACUGCACGACUAGCGGGAGCAACGUUCUACGCGUCCUCGAUAACUACACUUAUUCUCUCUUGGAAGUUGUCAUCUUCAUGGGAAACAAUAGCUUCGUAUUGGGCCUCAAUCGAUCGAAGUAUAGCAAUAAACGUUUCGUCCGAUAAAAAAAUAAAGACUCGGAUGAUCACAGUAACGUCUGUGAUGGUAACUUGUGUGGUUGUGGAACACGCCAUGAGCAUGAUGUCACAAGUUGGGUUUGAAUGCCCGCCUUCACUUAUCCUAAAGCGGUACACACUGAUGUCUCAUGGAUUUUUGUUACUCAGAACGGAUUAUUCAAUAUGGUUUGCCGUACCGCUUCUCUUUAUGAGCAAAAUAGCUACGAUCCUGUGGAACUACCAAGAUAUACUUAUAGUAUUAAUAAGCAUGGGAUUGACUUCGCGAUACAACACACUUAACCAAUACGUUGCCAAAUUCUCUACGCUCAGCAAGGAUCCUUGGAACCCUCAUGGUGAGUGCAGUAAAGGACAUACGUGGCGCAGAAUACGUGAGGCGUAUGUAAAGCAGGCCCAGCUCGUCCGCCAAUUGGAUCAGUCACUGGGCGGACUCAUCCUGCUCUCAAACCUUGUCAACUUUUAUUUCAUUUGUCUACAGUUAUUUUUAGGGAUUACACAAGGACUUUCUGGAGAUUUGAUAAAACGUUUGUACUACGUGGUGUCGUUGGUAUGGUUAUGCGUCAGAGUGAGUUGCGUUGUGCUUGCGGCUGCCGAUAUAAACGUGCACUCCACGAAAGCUCUCCGGCACCUCCAUGCUAGUGACAGACACUACUACAAUGUAGAAAUUGUGAGAUUACAAAAUCAACUUAGUAAAGAUUACGUCGCUUUAACGGGAUUGGGAUUUUUUUCCCUUAACAGGACAGUUUUGUUGCAAGUACAUGGCGGGAGCUAUAAUCACGUAUGAAUUAGUACUAAUACAAUUCGAUGAUCAUGGAUUUACGGAACACAAGUCUGCUCUUAAUUCGACAACGUUCUAAAGCGUCAAGCGUCAAGUACGUGCAGUGCGAGCAAAGAUAAGAAAAGAGAUUCUUUCAUUAACAGUUUUAUUGGUGUGGUACAUAGGACUAGAAUAUCCUCUAGCCAAACUGACUACCAGUAUCAUAUAUUAUUAUCAUUACGUAUUUACUACUAAGGGGCGUAUUAAACGUAUUUAGGUGUAGCUUAAUUUUAGUUUUUAAUUUAUGUUGUAUAUGUUUAUUUCAGUGGUAUAGCAUUAACUUUAGUUUCAAGUUUAUGUUUGUUUUGACUGAUAAAAUGUAAUACUUAGCUUUUAAUAAAAAAAGUUUGCCAUAA